ACGCUCAACAUGACUCAACAAAUCGACUCUAAAAAAAUCAAGCUGGAUCCAUUUCUUAGCAAAUCGUGAUCGAGCUAGGAAAAACACAACAUGACUCGGACUUAUUUACAGCCUCUACACUUUUCUUUUCCACAAAAAGCCCAUGAACUAUGAUGGGGUAAAAGGCCGAUAGCGCCAACAUGAGCCCAGAUAUUGAGAACCACUAACAGGGCCCAGGGGCCUAUUCUAACUCGUUCGGCAAGAAGCCCAGUCGAUAUUAAUUGAAAUCCUCGCACGCUCUAUGAGAUUCUUCUCGAGCGAAAACGGAACCGUCAAUCAACAGACGGCCUAGAUGGAUCCACCACCACCGCCGUCUCCCUUCCUCCUCCUCCUCUUCUUCUUUCUUCUCCUCCUCUCCCCGGCCACCGUUACACCAGCUUUCUCCUUCCCAUCAUCCUACACUUCUUACAAAACCGCCGUCUCGCUGUCCCACUCCCUCCUCAGCCGCGUGUCCAACCUACGCGCCGCCCGAGGCGACGUCUCCGGCGCGAACCGGGCCAGGCUGAUGGCGGAGAAGCUGGAGCGUGGACUUGAAUCGGGAGUCUGGGGGUUCGCGUGGUCAGUUGGGUGGGACUAUGUGAGCAACUACGCGUGGAGGGAUUUGGAGUACAGGGAGCUGCUGGGCGCCAUUUCGGAUCUGACGGACUUGAUUUCGGUUCUGGGCGGGCUGACCUCGGCCAGAUCGGACGCGGAGAGAGUGGCUUGGGCGGCGCAAAAUUACGGCAACUUGGCGAAGACUGCGAAAUCGGCGCUGCGGAGGAUGUUGAACACUUUCAACAAGAAGCAGGGAGCGUUGAAGGAAGCGUUGGAGACGGUGCAGAAGGAGGUGGUGCAGGGUGGAUUGCUGAGGGACUGUGUUGAAGUUGGGAGCAACGAUUUGCGAGGACUGAUGGAGAUUCUCAAGGAUUGGGCUUCCCGAUUGUAUUUUUCUCCGGGUGACGCCGGUGACUGGGAACUUUGAUCAGACUACCGCCGGCCGUCAUUACCUUUGUCACAAAAUCCGUAAUUGGGGUUUCUUUUCAUAAUUCAUACACGUCUCGAAUUCGAAUACCAGCCCUCUACUAUGGUUGAAUUGGUUAAUUUUUUUUUUUUUUUUUUUUUUGUAUAAUUAGCAGAGGCGGGGGUCUUGAGAUGAUGUCAGGUUGUUAGUCACUAUUGGUUAAUUGUUUUGUACUCAUCGUUAAUAGCACGGUUUAUAACCAUUAAGC